AUGCGUCAAUAUUAUUCAUUGGUAUAUCAUUUAACAUUGAUCCUACUGAUUAUCAUUGUAGGUCAAGCAAAUGAAGUUAGUGCAAAUAAAAUAAAUUUAAAACAAUCUUAUUGCCGAGAUCUUCGUGAUUGCCAAACAUAUUUUCCUUGUGCAGUUUUUUCCAGUGGUUUCAGUUAUUUAUAUGUUAUUAAACGUUGUGCAAAUGAACAAAUUUUUGACGAAGAAAAACAGAGAUGUGUUAAAAAUACAUUAGCUGAUCCUUCUUGUGUCAAACAAACAAAUGCGGUAAAACCUCGAUUAACUACAAUUCGUCCGUCUAGUUUCAAACAAAUAAAACGAACUAAUAUUACUACACGACGACCAAUCAAAAUUCCAUUUCGUACACCACCAACAAGUCUUGUACAAAGAAAAAAUUUUGAUUUUGACCGUGGAGACGAACAAGAUUCGUAUGAAGAAAAAAUUGAGCAAUUAACUACAGAAACUUCUCGAAUGCCAAUUCGACAAAUAAAUGAUAAACCGAAAAUUCAUCGUGUAUGCUACAUUACUAAUUGGUCACGAUAUCGGUCGGGAGAAGCUAAAUUUGAAAUUGAAUAUAUUGAUCCUUUUAUGUGUUCACAUAUAAUUUAUGCUUAUGCAACUGUUGAUGAUAAUAAGCCAGAAAUUAGACCUGUUCAACAAGAUGAUAUUGAACAUUACCGAGAACUUGCUCUAUUGAAAAAAACAAAUCCAGAUUUAAAAUUAUCCAUUCGACUAGGCGGUAAAAGUUCUCAAUAUACUCGAUAUCUUAAAUCAUCGAAAAUGGCUGCACAAUUAGUUCGAAGUCUUUCUUGGUUUUUGGCAUCAUAUGGUUUCGAUGGAGUUGAUAUAGCCUUUGAAUUUCCUGAUGAAGAAGUUCCAGAAGAUAAAUUUGCGUUAACUGCAUUACUUGAGGAAAUUUCAAAACAAAAACGAAUGAUGACAAAUGCGAUAGUAACAUUAACAGCAGCACCAUUUGUUGAUCAUCUUCUUAAAGUAUAUGAAGUUCAAAAAAUUGAAAAAUUAGUCAAUUAUUUUAAUCUGAUGACAUUUGAUUUUUAUGGGCCAUGGGACGAAAAAACGGGAGCAUUUGCUCCGUUAUAUCAGCAAGUAUAUCAAGUUGAAUCCGAAUCACUUCGUAAUGUAGAUGGCCUGGUUAAAUUAUGGUUGAGUCUUGGUGUGCCUAGAGAAAAACUUCUUAUUGGUAUUCCAGCUUAUGGUCGUUCAUUUACGUUAGCCAGUAGACAAAAAGGUCUCCAUGCACCUGUCAGUGGUCCAGGUUAUCCUGGUCGAUAUACAAAAACUCGAGGUUUUCUUUCUUAUUAUGAGAUAUGCGAAAAGGAACAUUCGAGAAGUUGGCAAAAAGUAUGGUUAGAUACUGAAAAAUCUUGGUAUAUGACUAGUGGCGAUCAAUGGAUUAGUUAUGAAGAUAUUGAUUCAGCUACAUUGAAAGCUCAAUAUGCAAAAGGCGAACAACUAGCUGGAGUAUUUAUCUGGAGUGUUGAUAAUGAUGAAUUUUCUGGAUUUUUCUGUAAUACAGAGCCUUUUCCAAUUACUCGACAAGUUUUUGCUACGCUUAAUCUGCCUACACCGGUGACUAGUGCACCAGCAAUUGCUAUUCAAUCACGUCUACCAGCUGCUGGUCCAUCUGUUCGUUUUUUUAAUGUUCAAUCUCAAUCUCAGUCAUCACUUUCAUCGCCAAUAUUACCUCCAAAUUUACAAAAAUUGUUAAAUGCUCUCAGUGCUCUAUCGGGUACACCGAGUGAUGUACAUAUGCAUGAAGCUACACCACCGGCACCACCACCACCCAUAACACAUUUGACUCAUAAUGCUGAAUAUAUAUGCAGUCGCCAUCGAAUGGGUCGUAAUGGAAUUCACCGUGACCGUAAAAAUUGUUCAAUAUUUUAUUUUUGUGAAGGUGACGAUAUAGCUUCAUUGAGAUACCAUAUCUUUUUCUGUCCACCGGGUCUUGAAUUUUCAAUGGAUGGAUGUACCUGCGAUUGGCCAUCAGGUCAUUCGUGUCAAACAGGUGGUGAUACAUUUUGCGUAACACAACCUGUUAUAACAACAACAACAACAACGAUGACGACAACAAAAAGAGCACCCUAUAUUGCUCAAUCGUCAAUGAACGCAUUAAGUGGUCUAGGUCAAUUGCUAGGCAUAUCAGGUGGUACAACAUCAGCAUUUGAUUGUACCGGUCGACGAACUGGGCUCUAUCGAGAUAUGUACGAUUGUACAAUAUUUUAUUUUUGUACAACAAACGACCAAACGUCACAUGGAACAUUGUUACGUUAUGAUUUUAUUUGUCCAGCAAAUUAUACAUUUAGUAUGUCAACGUGUCGAUGCGAACGUAGACAUACUAAUGAAUGUCGUACACUUACAAAAACUGAUUGUCUUCUUUUGUAA